AUGCGAGAUGCACUGUUCACUUUCUCAGCCGAGGCUGCUCAAUGGUUCGAAGAUGUGGCUAUCGCUUGUUCGAAGAUGGAAUAUGGCGAAAUCUAUGAUUGUGUUGAUUUCUACAAACAACCAGCCUUCGACAAUCCGUUACUGAAGAACCACAAACCUGAGAUGAGUUCUUCGAUUCCAAGAGAGACUUACAAUGAAACUUCUUCAGAAGUAGAACCCCUUGAUUUUCUUCGACUUGAUGAUGGGGGUUGCCCAUCAGGAACAGUUCCCAUUAGAAGGACAACAAAGGAAGAUUUAAUUAGGUGGAAAUCCUAUUCAAAUUCUUCUGAAAUUUUUCAUCAAUUCUUAGAUGAGGGACCUGGUAAACUGGCAGAUGGGUCUCAAAAGACUGGCUGCUUCAAUUCCAUAUGCAAUGGUUUCGUCCAAGUUAACAAAGAUGUACCACUUGGUCUAGCUUUUAGCAGAACUUCUAUCUAUGGCGAAGACCCAUACUCAGUGCUACUCUUUCUUUACCAGGAUAAGAAGAGUCGAAAUUGGUGGAUAGCAAUCGGAUUUGAUAGUGUUAAUAUUGGGUAUUGGCCGAAAGAAUUAUUCAAUAGUAUAAAAGAAUCAGCUCCUGUGGUUGGCUGGAGAGGAGAGGUUUAUACACCCCAAGGUGAACAAUAUCCCCCAAUGGGGACUGGACAUUUCGAAUCACACUGGGGAAAACCAAUAUACCAAAAAACUGCGUAUUUCAGAGUAGUCCGAGUUAACGGAGACGAUGACAUUGGUCGAGGUCCUAAUGAUGCUAGUCUUGAACCGCUCUCAAAUGGAUGCUUUACUGAGAAAGAUCUUCCCUACGUUAAUGAUUAUUGGAGGCAUACUUUCUUUUAUGGUGGUCAUGGGGGAACUUGCUAA